AGCCCUUUGUUGAUGCACUAUAUAAAGGGCUUUGCUGGUGCCCAAACUUGCAGAGUACUUCGGUGAGAUGUCACAAUGAAGGCUGCGAAGAUUUUGCUCUUUGCUUUCUUAGCAAACGUUCGUGGACAAUAUAUAGAACUGAACUCGUUUACUUUGGGUGUGCUUGCGCCGGAAGUGGCGUCCCAGCUUGAGAUUUUGAUUCAAAACGACUUUGUUGCGGUGAACAAGACGAUAAGUAAUCUAAACGACCAGUUCAAAGUGUGCACUGACCUGGUCUCAAGAAGACAUGAGCAAUGUGGGAAUUGCAUCAACGAAAAUUGCCAGAUCAAGGCCCAUGAAUGCUCCGUGCAUGUAGACAUGAAGAAAUUGCCAUGCCAAGCAUCUCCUACGGCUUGUAAGGUUAUAAAUGUGGUGAAGAAGGCUGUGGAACUUGUGAAGAAAACUGGAGACAAAAUCAAAGAUGGUCUCAAGAACAUACUUGGGGGAAUACGUCUACGCAGAGUCUCACUUCCCCCGAUAAGGCUUCCGAGAAUUAGAUUGCCGAGAAUCCAGUUGCCGAGAGUCAGGUUGCCACGGAUCAGGCUGCCAAGAAUCCGUUUGCCACGAAUCCGAAUCCGGACGCCUCGAAUCCGUUUGCCAAGAAUCCGCUUCCGAAGUGGAUGGGGUCGACGGAAGCGCCAGUCGGCAGAGCCUAGUUGUGAGGACCUGGAAAGCAAUGGAGAAACGGCUUGUCUGGUCUACGCGGCGCAGUGUUCUGUCUGUUCCGGAAUGGAUGAACCUCAUGUACUUGUGUUACUUGAGAACGUGUGCGGCAAAAAUGUGACACCCAUUUUCACCAGCUUGCAAGCUAAAGAGGAAAGGCUUAUCAGAUUGGAAGAAAUAUUUGAUAUCAAUAAUUCCAGUGUCUUCAGUAUCACUUCUAUCCAGUUUGACCCGUCCCAGUAUAAUGCUGAAUCCUUAGGAUACAACGCUGUCCGUGUAGGAUACUCUCUCCUAAGAACCUCCUACGUGGUCACCAUGAAGGAUCCGGUUAAUCCGACAAACCCUGUCGCCGCUAUCCCAGUCAUUUCACGACUCCUGUUUGAAGAGCUGGUAAAAUAAGUUUCACGUUUACCGCAUGAAACCAGCUUAAAAUCCCACUACCAGUUCUGCCCAGUUUAGAAAGUAGUCCCAACUGGUAGAAAGUUUUUAAUUUUCUCCAGCUUUGCAUGUGGGGGAAACGUUUUCUUGUCUGCAAUUAUAUUAUUACAAUAUUCCUGUGAAAGUGCUACUUUGUUCUUAUUACGUAUUAUUACGUAAAAAAAUAAGUGAACAAGUAUUGUAUUACUUAUUCCUUUAAUAUCUAAUUAGUUACUGCCAGACAUCUUUAUUACUUGUCCUUUUCAAUACCUAAAUAGUUACUGUAAGGCAUCUUAUUAUUUGUCCUUUUCAAUAGCUACAUAGUUACUGUCAGGCAUCUUAAUACUUAUACUUUCCAAUAGAUAAUUAGUUACUGUAAGAAAUCUGAUCACUUGUUCUUUUUAGUAGCUAAUUAGUUACUGUAAGAAAUCUUAUCACUUUUUCUUUUUUGUAGCUAAUUAGUUACUGUAAGAAAUCUUAUUACUUGUUCUUUUUAGUAGCUAAUUAGUUACUGUAAGAAAUCUUAUGACUUGUUCUUUUUAGUACGUAACUAGUUACGGUAAGGGAUCUCAUUACUUGUCGUUUUCAAUAGCUAAUUAGUUACGGUCAGGCAUCUCAUUACUUGUUCUUUCCAAUAGAUAAUUAGUUACUGGCCGGGGUCUUAUUACUUGUUCUUUUUAAUACCUGAUUAGCUACUGUCAGACAUCUUAUUACUUGUUCUUUUUAAUAGCUAAUUAGUUACUGUAAGAAAUCUUAUCACUUGUUCUUUUUAGUAGAUAAUUAGUUACUGUCAGGCAUCUUAUUACUUGUUCUUUCUAAUAGCUAAUUGGUUACUGUCAGGCAUCUCAUUACUUGUUCUUUUCAAUAGCUAAUUAGUUACUGUCCGGCGUCUUAUUACUUGUUCUUUUUAAUACCUGAUUAGCUACUCUAAGACAUCUUAUUAUUUGUCCUUUUCAAUAGCUAAUUAGUUACUAUCGGACAUCUUAUUACUUGUUCUGUUUAAUACCUGAUUAGCUACCGUCAAACAUGAUAUCACUUGAUCUUUAUAAUAGCUAAUUAGUUACUGUCAAACAUCGUAUCACUUGUUCUUUUUAAUAGCUAAUUAGUUACUGUCAGACAUCUUAUUACUUGUUCUUUUUAGCAGCUAAUUAGUUACUGUAAGAAACCUGAUCACUUGUUCUGUUAAGUAGGUAACUAGUUACUGUAAGGCAUCUUAUUAUUUGUUAUUUUCAACAGAUAAUUAGUUACUGUAAGAAAUCUUAUCACUUGUUCUUUUUAGUAGGUAACUAGUUACAGUAAGGCAUCUCAUUACUUGUCCUUUUCAAUAUCUAAUUAGUUAUUGUCCGGCAUCUUAUUGCUUUUUCUUUCUAAUAGCUAAUUAGUUACUGUCAGGCAUUUCAUUACUUGUUCUUUUUUAUAGCUAAUUAGCUACUGUUAAACAUCCUAUCACUUGUUCUUUUUAAUAGCUAAUUAGUUACUGUCAGUCAUCUUAUUACUUGUUCUGUUUAAUACCUGAUUAGCUACUGUUAAACAUCCUAUGACUUGUCCUUUUUUAGUUAAUUAGUUAAUUUAGUAAAUUAGUUGAUUUAGCUAAUUAGUUAUUGUCCGGAGUCUUAUUACUAGUUUUUUUUAGUAGCUAAUUAGUUACUGUAAGAAAUUUUAUCACUUGUUCUUUUUAGUAGGUAACUAGUUACUGUAAGACAUCUUAUUAUUUGUCCUUUUCAAUAGCUAAUUAGUUACUGUAGGACAUCUUUUUACUUGUUCUUUUUAUUACCUGAUUAGCUGCUGUGAGACAUCUUAUCACUUGUUCUUUUUUAUAGCUAAUUAGUUACUGUUAAACAUCCUAUCACUUGUUCUUUUUAAUAGCUAAUUAGUUACUGUCAGACACCUUAUUACUUGUUCUUUUUAAUACCUGAUUAGCUACUGUGAAACAUCCUAUCACUUGUCCUUUUUAAUAGCUAAUUAGUUACUGUCAGACACCUUAUUACUUGUCCCUUUUAAUUGCUAAUUAGUUACUGUCAGACAUCUUGUAAAAUAAGACCCUCACUGCAUGAGGUCGUACUGCAUCGAUAAAACAUGUGGCCAUUCGCCAACAUUUUGCCCUCUAUGAUGUAGUCUUC